CAGCCUAUCUGGUGGAUGAAAACAUCAGCUAGCUCUCUGCAUUCAGCAUUUGCUGAAGCUAGCCAUACACCGCAAGCGUCACAAGCCGGGUCAGCUCGAUUCUGUGAGCGUGUACUCCACGAUUGCACACCCAACCCUCCAGCACCCAUCCGCCUUGACGAGGCUUAUCCAGGAUGUCGUCCUCUACACGUGCCCCGUGGCUCCCGCCGCUCAUGCCAAGGACGCCCGCAGAUGUAUACAUGCUUGCCCUUGCCGGCAUGCAGCUCAUGCUUGUGGUCGGUCUCGUUACCAUUGUCAUUCCUGCUCCGCACGGCAAAUGGGGGCCCAGGAACGCAAGCGGGCUCAACAAAUUCAAGAUCAAUGGCAACCUGGGGUGGUUUCUGAUGGAGAUCUGGGGCCCAGUGAUUCUGCUCCUUUCCAUGAGCUCUUCUUCAGUUCUCUCCACGUCUGGCCCCCUCAAGCUGUCGACAAUUUUCCCCCAGCCUUCUUUUUCGAACUUCCUUGCGCUUCCAUUGCCUAAUCAGAUAUUGGGAAUGUUUUAUGCAGUGCACUACGUGAACCGCGCCGUCAUCAAUCCUUUGCGAUCACCGCCACGCACAGAUAUGUCUCUCAUCGUCCCAGCGUGGGCUGCCGUCUUCCAGAUCACCAACGGUUUCCUCCUCGGCAACUGGCUCGCAGGUCGUGCGCCUGCGUUCAUCAUCUCGCCUUCCAUUGCUGCACCCCUCAAGCAGGCCAAAGGCAUCUUCUCCCUCUUCUUGCGUGGUGGUUCCAGUAAUGCACCCACAGCUGCAGUGACAAUCAAGCACGCUGCCAUCAGCCCGAGCACGAUCCUUGCGCGACCGGGCCUCUUACCCGAUGCCACAUUGCGUUCUCCGCUCUUCUGGAUAGGUCUGUUUGGUGCCAUCGCAGGCCUCGCGUCCAAUAUUUACCACGACGAGAUUCUCGCCAACUUGCGCCGGGCACCUGUGGCUGGUGUCCCUGCCUGCAACGCAGCUUCAGAUGCACUGGUCGACGGCAAACCGCCCGCGAGGAAUAUGCACAGUCACGCAAACGGUGGUGCGGCUGCAGGGAAUGAGCAGGUGCAUCUCGACACGAAUGGUAAAGCCGUCAUCAAGCACGGCGAAGAGGACAGUGUCACGGUUGGCACGAGCACGUACCGGAUCCCGCGCGGAGGGUUAUUCGACUUUGUUGAUCACCCGCACUAUGUCUCUGAAUGGUUCGAAUGGUCGUGCUUUGCGAUCGCUUCACUUGUCUUCUUCUCAGCACUGGUCCCAUCGCCUUCGCCUCUGGCAUCUUCCUCCGCCGUAACUUCGCUCAAGUGGUACAUCUCCGCGGCAGGCUUAUUGCUCCGCAUCCCAACUGCGCUCUUCCCGCUCGUCGAAAUCGCUGUCAUGUCGCCGCGCGCUAUCAAAGGCCACGAGUGGUACAAGAAGACAUUUGGGAGCAGGUACCCGCAGCAAAGGAAGGCGCUCAUUCCUGGCAUCCUCUGAGCUGGUGAUGUGUGCGCAGCAUGUUACGACAACAAACCUCACCAGCUUUUGACUCCGGGAAAACAGCUAGCAAAAUUCGUUACGUCUUCAUCUACUUUAACCUUUUUAUUGCUUCGCGCGACAUUCGCGCAGCCCAUAAAUUGCCCAGAAUCCACUAUUCGUGACAUACCCGGCCGAAUGACUAAUAUCAGAUUACUGUUUGAAAUGCAUGGAUAAAUGC